AUGGAUUCCCAAGUAAUGUUUUUUAACGAUGAUGUUCGAUAUAAUCCAUGUGAAUUACAUUCUUAUACAUUCUUUUAUCCACAUCGUACAGACAUUCAUAAAUACUAUCAAUGUGAUGAAUUUGGCAAUGCUUAUUUACGUUCUUGUGGUAAACUUAUAUGGGACAGAAUUCAUAUGACAUGCAAUUGGAAAUUUGCUGUAAUUCGUUCAUUUCCACGAUUCAUAUCAACUUUGAAAAUAAGUCGAUUCACUUCGAGAACACAAUCAAGCUCGACUGCUCCUUCACUCUUAUCUUCAUGUAAACCAAUUAAUCCAUGUGGUGCACAUGGUAAAUGCAUUGAAUGGUAUAGAACAACCUUAAAUAUAUAUCGAAAAUUUACAUGUAUUUGUUCAAACAACUGGUUUGGUCCAUUAUGUGAUAAACAUAUUGAUGAUUUCACAACAGUGAAAACCACUCAGAUUCAAAACUUUCCUCUAACACAAAAGAAAAUUUUACCACUUAUGUUGACAACAAAACGUUCAACGACUAUAUCUAAUGAUUUCAAGGAAAGCCAUAUAAUUGAAGAACUUGAUCGACCACAUGAAACGACUCCUUCAGAAAUCAAACAAGAUGCUGAAGUAUCACAUAGUACUGAAGAUCCCAAUCUAGCAAAUACUGAACCACCAUCUAAUGUUGAAGAAAUCAAUGCAGCAACUACUCAAGCAAAACUUAAAGCUGAAGAACCGAAUCUAGCAUAUGAUGAAACAUCAUCUAAUGGUGAAGUUCUACAUCCAGCAAAAGUUGAAGCAUUACCUAAUUCUGAAGAACCAAGUCCAGCAAGUAUUGAAGCAACAACUAAUCUUAAAGAAUCGAGCCUAGAAAAUAUUGAAGCAACAUCUGAUGUUGAAGAAACGAAUUCAAAACAUACUAAAGCACCGUCUAAUACUGAAGAAACAAAUGAAGCUAUUACUGAAAUAACGCGUAUAGGUGAAGAAUCGAAUUCAGCAUAUGAUGAAGCAUCAUCUACUCCUGAAGAUCUAAAGUCAGAAAAAGUUGAAGCAUCAUCUACUGCUGAAGAACUAAAUGUAGCAACUACUAAUUCUCAGGAAUCAAGUCCAGAAAAUAUUGAAGCAUCACUUAACACUGAAGAGCCGAAUCCAGUUAAUAUUGAAGCAACAUCCGAUGUUGAAGAAACGAAUUCAAAAAAUACUCCUGCACCAUCUAAUACUAAAGAAUUGAAUCCAGCAUAUGAUGAAGCAUCAUCUACUACUGAAAAAUCAAAUCUAGAAUAUACUGAAGCAUUACCUAAUGUUGAAGAAUCAAGUCCAACAAAUAUUGAAGCAACACCUAAUCUUAACGAAUCAAACCUAGAAAAUAUUGAUGCAACAUCUCAUAUUAAAGAAACAAAUUCAAAGAAUACUGAAGCAUCAUCAUCUAACGCUGAAGAAGUAAAUGUAGCAAUUACUGAAAGAACACGUAAAGUUGAAGAAACAAAUCUGGAAUAUACCGAAGCGUUACCUAAUGUUGAAGAAUCAGUCGCAGAAAGUACUGAAGCAUCGUCUCUUGCUGAAGAACUAAAUGUAGCAACUACUAAAUCAUCUAAUUCUGAAGAACCAACUCCAGAAAAUAUUGAAGCAUCACUUAACACUGAAGAACCGAAUACAGUUAAUAUUGAAGAAACGAAUUCAAAAAAUACUCAUGCACCAUCUAAUACUAAAGAAUUGAAUCCAACAUAUGAUGAAGCAUCAUCUACUACUGAAAAAUCAAAUCUAGAAUAUACUGAAGCAUUACCUAAUGUUGAAGAAUCAAGUCCAACAAAUAUUGAAGCAACACCUAAUCUUAACGAAUCAAGCCUAGAAAAUAUUGAUGCAACAUCUCAUAUUGAAGAAACAAAUUCAAAGAAUACUGAAGCAUCAUCAUCUAAUGCUGAAGAAGUAAAUGUAGCAAUUACUGAAAGAACACGUAAAAUUGAAGAAUCAAAUGUGGAAUAUACCGAAGCACUACCUAAUGUUGAAGAAUCAGGCGCAGAAAGUACUGAAGCAUCGUCUCUUGCUGAAGGACUAAAUGUAGCAACUACUGAAUCACCAUCUAAUUCUGAAGAACCAACUCCAGAAAAUAUUGAAGCAACACUUGACGUUAAAGAGACAAAUUCAAAAAAUACUGAAGCAUCAUCUAAUACUGAAGAAAUAAAUAUAGCAACUACUGAAAUAACACGUAAAGCUAAAGAAUUGAAUCCGGCAUAUGAUGAAACAUCAUCUACUCCUGAAGAUCUAAAUUCAGAAAAAGUUGAAGCAUCAUCCACGACUGAAGAAUCAAAUCCAGAAAAUAUUGAAGCAUCAUCCACUACUGAAGAAUCAAAUCCAGAAAAUAUUGAAGUAACAUCUGAUCUUGAAGAAACGAAUUCAACAAAUACUCUAGCACCAUCUAAUGUUGAAGAAUUAAAUGUAGUAACUACUGAAGCAUCACCUAAUUCUGAAGAAUCAAGUCCAGCAAAUAUUGAAGCGUCAUCUAAUUCGGAACAACUAAAUAUAACAAGUACUGAAAUAACACGUAACGUUGAAGAAUCGAAUUCAGCAUAUAAUGAAGCAUCUUAUACUACUGAAGAAUCCAAUCUGAAAUACAGUAAAGCAACAUCUACUUCUGAAGAACAAAAAUCUGUGUACGGUGAAGUAGCAUCAGAUCCUGAACAAUCAAAUCCGGAAAAUAAUGAAACAGCAACAUAUAUGGAAGAAUUAAAUUCAAUAAAUAAUGAAGUUACUACUUCAAUUCAUACGACGUUGUAA